UUGCUAAGGUUGCAGCCAGGACCAAGGCGGCCUCGCGCAAGCUGCGGUCCGACCCCGACGAGCGAGCGGGAAGACGCAAGACGUUAGCCGGAAGCCCCAGCAGCCGCCACGCGCCCGUGUCCGCGCAGCGGGGAACAAUAAAGUUGAGCGUGUUCAAAAGGGGUCCUUGGCAUCCAGGGCCCGCCGGACAAGCCUGCAGGAUAGGCCGCCCGGAAAGUCCCGGGUGUGGGCAGGUCUCCUCUCCUCGGUGGCGUUCUCCUCACUCGCGGUGGGACAGCGAAGGUACAGCGCCGGGGACACGGCCGGGGCGGCGGGCGGGCGGGAGAAGGCGGAGCGGCCUGCCCGGCGAUCGCCGAGGGCAGCCCGGUGAGGAUCCCGGUGCCCGUGGAGCCCAGCGUCCUGGCUGCGGCCUCCCGGACCCGCGAUGAAGCCCCGGCCCGCGAGGUUCGUGGACAACAGGCUGAAGCAGCGAGUCGUGCAGUACCUCACCAGUAACAGAUGUGGCAAAUAUGUGGACACUGGAGUUUUAGCAUCUGAUUUACAAAGAAUGUACAGUAUAGACUAUGGUCGAAGAAAAAGAAAUGCUUUUAGGAUUCAGGUAGAAAAAGUAUUUAGCAUAAUUACUAGUGAGAAAGAACCUAAGGAUCUAACAGAAUUAGAAGAUGAGCAUCUGGCCAAAAGAGCAAGACAAGGUGAAGAGGAAAACGAGUAUACUGAAAGCUCUUCAGAUCAUGAUUCAGAUAUGGAAGAUUACCCAGAUCCACAGGCGGCAAAUCACAUGAACAGCUCCCUGCUCUCCUUAUAUCGGAAAGGACAUCCUGACUCUGCUUCACGGACUCCCGAGAUGGAUCACAGAGAAGCCACCGUCUCGGCCCCACGGACACCUUCCGGAACAGACUCCAUUCCUUCGGAGACCCCUGCCAGGGGUUCAGAGGGAGGGUGGUUUAUUGAUAGAACUCCCGGUGGAAAGAUGGACCUGGCAGACGAGAAGAGCAAUCACAAGAAGCCAGGAUCCGAGAGAGAGGAUUCCAAAGACGCUUCUCUGCUGGAGAGUAAUGAAAAAAGGAAAGGCAGGCUGAAGCGCAAGGGAAACAAGAGGAAGAAAGACCUUCAGGAAGUAGACGGAGAAAUACAAGCCGUCCUGCAGAGGAAAGCUAAAGCCAAGGGGCUGGAAUUACAGAUCUCCAAGGUGAAAUUUGAAGAUGUUGGAGGCAGCGAUACGACAUUAAAAGAAGUCUGCAAGAUGCUCAUCCACAUGCGCCACCCGGAGGUGUACCGCCACCUGGGCGCCACCCCGCCGCGUGGCGUUCUCCUUCACGGGCCGCCGGGCUGCGGGAAGACCUUGCUCGCGCACGCCAUUGCAGGGGAACUGGACCUCCCAAUUCUGAAAGUAGCUGCCACGGAGAUUGUAUCCGGAGUGUCUGGGGAGUCUGAGCAGAAGCUGAGAGAAUUGUUUGAGCAGGCAGUGUCAAAUGCACCCUGUGUCCUCUUUAUUGAUGAAAUUGAUGCCAUUACCCCCAAAAGAGACGUUGCUUCAAAAGAUAUGGAACGAAGGAUUGUGGCCCAGCUCCUAACCUGCAUGGACGAUCUGAAUACCAUGGCUGCCACCGCUCAGGUCCUAGUCAUUGGAGCCACUAACCGCCCGGACUCAUUAGACCCUGCUUUGAGACGUGCAGGAAGGUUCGACCGAGAAAUAUGCCUGGGUAUCCCAGAUGAAGCAUCCAGGGAAAGAAUACUUCGAACUUUGUGCAGAAAACUAAGACUUCCGGAAACUUUUCAUUUCCACCACUUGGCACACCUCACUCCAGGCUUUGUUGGCGCUGACCUGAUGGCGCUCUGCCGAGAGGCAGCCAUGUGUGCGGUCAGUAGGGUCCUGAUGAAGCUGCCCGAGCCGCGGGCCGACCCUGAGAUGGAAGCUUUGCUCUCCAGAGGAGGCCGGGGAGACGGGAUCGGAACGAAGCCCGCUUCCGAAGCACAGGAGCUUUCCCCGCAGGUGCCGAACCUGUCCUUCGUGUCGGCCGCCCAGCAAGCGUCGGAUGAAUUGCAAAGGCUGCUGGUGUUGCUGCGAAACCAGGACCCCCUCUCAGAGGAGCGGCUGCAAGGGCUGCGCAUUGAACUGAAUGACUUCAUUGUUGCUCUGUCCUCCGUCCAGCCCUCGGCCAAAAGGGAGGGCUUUGUCACUGUCCCCAAUGUGACUUGGGCAGACAUCGGUGCCCUGGAAGAUGUCCGAGAGGAGCUCACCAUGGCCAUCCUGGCACCGGUACGUAACCCCGAUCAGUUCAGAGCCCUCGGAUUGGUGACCCCAGCUGGAGUCCUCCUGGCGGGCCCGCCCGGCUGCGGGAAAACGCUGCUGGCCAAGGCGGUUGCAAAUGAGUCCGGACUGAACUUUAUAUCUGUCAAGGGCCCCGAAUUGCUAAAUAUGUACGUUGGUGAGAGUGAGCGUGCAGUACGACAGGUGUUCCAGCGAGCCAAGAACUCCGCGCCCUGUGUCAUAUUCUUCGACGAAGUGGACGCCCUGUGCCCUCGAAGGUCAGACCGAGAGACGGGGGCGAGCGUGCGCGUGGUGAACCAGCUGCUCACCGAGAUGGACGGGCUGGAAGCGCGGCAGCAGGUUUUUAUCAUGGCGGCCACCAACCGGCCAGAUAUCAUUGACCCUGCAAUCCUGCGCCCAGGACGCCUGGACAAAACACUUUUUGUGGGUUUGCCGCCCCCAGCGGAUCGCCUGGCCAUCCUGAAAACCAUCACCCAAAACGGCACCAAACCCCCACUGGCCGCAGAUGUCAGUUUGGAAGCCCUUGCUGGGGACCUUCGCUGUGACUGCUAUUCGGGUGCGGACCUCUCUGCUUUGGUACGAGAAGCUUCUGUCUGUGCUCUGAGACAGGAAAUGGCAGAACCAAAGAGUGGGAGCAAGAAAGGUGAGCUCAAGGUCCAUCAGAAGCACUUUGAAGAAGCUUUCAAGAAAGUGAAACCAUCUAUAUCAAAAAAGGACCAGGUGAUGUACGAAGCCCUGCAGCGGUCCCUCAGCCGGUGACCCCCCUUCCGACGGGCCGCGGAUGGCGGCCCGUGUACGCGUGUUCUUCUCAGAGCGACGCGGCCCGUUCCGAGCUGAAGACGCUUCCCAUCCACCAGCCGCGCGUGGGAACACCCUCCCCUCUCUUUAAGUAAAACACGUUUAACUGUUGAAAUAAAAUCACUGAUAACUUUUUUUAAAUAAAACGUUUAUUUUGAACCGUUC